UCACGCUCUCCCUCUCUGACACACUCAUCAGUGAGUGGCGUGAGUGUCACCGAGAGACCCAUCGGCGAGAAUCACCCUCAACCUGAUUACGAAAACCCUCAUGCCCAUGGGGCACCUUCGAGGCCUAAUCUGAAUCCCUUCCCGCCAGUUGUAUCUCAUAUAUUAUUUUCCUGUAUCCCAAUAGAAAUGCCGUUGAGAUCCUGCCAUGGAUGGGGAGGCUAACCUUCCGGUCCGACCUGCGUCGGAGAGGAUUCUGAUCCGUCCAAACACCGUGAAGCCACAGGAUACGACGACGUCGUCCUCAUCGUCUUCUUCGCCAGACUUCCUCCGCAAUGUCCAGGCCGCCUUCAAGCGCCACCGCCCUAUUGGCCCAGCGCAGUCCAAUAUUUUAAGGCCUAGGCGGAUGUUGGUUCCCCAACGGGAAGUGUCAAGAACUUCAGAUUCUAGCGUGGGUCCUAUGGUAGAUGCCAAGAAGUCUCAAGAUGUGGUUUCACUGAGACAGGGUCACAUGGCGAAGGGUUCAAUUGUAGCGACUAAGAGUGCAGCCACUGUUCUUGGGGAAACUCAAGAUGAUGCAUCAAUUACUCCACCUUCCAUUUCAGGCACUAUUACCAAAACCUUUGAUGAGAGCUUCAAUCAAUUUGAUGUGCAGAGAGAUCAACCUAAAUUCGUUACUGGUUGUAAGGAUGACAGAGCGAUGCCUUUGUUGCAUGGAGAAUCUCAAAACGCUGAUGGUCACAAAAAGGUCCAGCUUUCCAUUGGAAGCAAUGCUGUUUCCCAGGGGGCCGAUGAUGGAAUGGCCACUGGAUUGGAGAAAUUAUCAUCUCAUAUGGGUUCACUUGCAUUGACAGAAAUGGAAUGGAUUGCAAGCAAUCAAAUUGAGGCAUCAACAGUUGUUAACGAUGACCCGAAGCACCGGAGCUUUCAUAAUACAGAUUCCGAAAGGUCUGCUGCUGGGAUUACUUCUUUGUUGGCAAAGAGAACCACAGAUGUCCAGGAUCAGCUGCACCAGCUUAGAAACUUCUUAAGCCAGCCUGCUACUCAAUCUUCAGUUGUUGGGCCAUCAUGUGCUACCACAACAUCUGUCCACUCAACUUCAGCACCCAUGCUGAAUUUAACAACCUGUAGCUCUCAUCUGCAUCGAGAUAACAGUUCUCACGUGGCAGUAGAACCUUUGGUAGAUAUUAAUAUUAAUUCCCAAUGUAAAGGUCAGGGAAAUGUGGUCCAGCUUUCAAAUCCUUCACCAAAGGAUGUUGGUGAAAUGAUAAUUGAUGAGAAAGCUAUCGCGGGCAAGGCUUCUAACUCUGCUAUUGAUACCCAUGUGGAAGUGAAGCAACAUGACCUUUCUAAGGAGCAACAGGGCAGAGUGCCAAAGGAAAUUGACAUUCCUGAAAAUCCAUCUCUUCAUGACAAUAAGUCAACUAAGGGGAAAGGAUAUGCUGGUGAUGUUACCAAUGUGCAAUCUCAAGGUCCCUUGUCCAAAAACUCAUCUUCAGAUGUGAAGUUGGAACCUUCUAAAUCAGAAAGACAAGAGAGGGCUGCAAGUGGGAAAGGGGCAUCAGCUCCUCGUAAAAGGAGUUAUGACCCUGACUUGUUCUUCAAAGUUAAAGGGAAGCUUUAUCAGAGGCUUGGAAAGAUAGGUAGUGGGGGAAGCAGUGAGGUCCACAAGGUUAUUUCAUCAGACUGUGCGAUCUAUGCACUUAAAAAAAUCAAGCUCAAAGGUCGUGAUUAUGCCACUGCAUAUGGGUUCUGUCAAGAAAUUCAAUAUUUAAAAAAGUUGAAAGGGAAGAACAACAUUAUACAGCUUAUUGACUUUGAGGUGACAGAUGAGGCUUUGCUCCAGGAAGUCAUGAACGGCUCCAUGAGUAAUAAAGAUGGCAGAGUCAAGGAUGAUGGAUAUAUAUACAUGGUACUCGAAUAUGGGGAAAUUGAUUUGGCACACAUGCUAUCCCAAAAGUGGAAGGAAAUGGAUGGCUCCAAUCAGACCAUAGACGAGAACUGGCUCCGCUUCUACUGGCAGCAAAUUCUUCACGCUGUCAGCACAAUACAUGAGGAACGGAUAGUGCACUCAGAUUUAAAGCCAGCUAAUUUCCUUCUUGUCAAGGGUUCCCUAAAGCUAAUUGAUUUUGGCAUUGCCAAAGCUAUAAUGAGUGAUACCACUAACAUCCAAAGGGAUUCACAGGUGGGUACACUGAGCUACAUGUCUCCAGAGGCAUUUAUGUGCAAUGAAAACGAUGCAAAUGGAAACAUCAUAAAGUGUGGUCGGCCAUCAGACAUAUGGUCCCUUGGCUGCAUUCUUUAUCAAAUGGUAUAUGGAAGGACCCCCUUUGCAGAGUACAAGACAUUUUGGGCCAAGUUCAAAGUUAUAACAGAUCCAAACCAUGAGAUUACGUAUGAGCCAGUUCCUAACCCCUGGCUUCUUGAUCUUAUGAAGAAGUGUCUCGCAUGGGACCGUAAUGAAAGGUGGAGGAUCCCUCAGCUGCUUCAACACCCUUUUCUUGUUCCCCCGGUUCCGCCGGAACCUCGGCUAUCUUCCUCUCAAGACCAAAGCUGUAAACUGCUCCAACUUAUUGCUGAAACUUGUGCCGGUGACCGGGAAGCUUCAGCUCUAUGCUGUCAGCUUGAAGAACUGCUCAAGGACCCAGUUCAGAAAAUAACAUCUCCAUUAUUAACAUCACGAGACCAACAAUGCAAGUUGCUUUCCCAGAUGUCAAAACUUUGCUUUCAGCUCCAGGAACGUUUAACAAACUCAGAGAAUUAAGUGAAGAUCCGGGAAUGUAUUUCAGUAUAUGUAUGUAUUGAGUGUUUCGACCUUGGUCAGUUCUUUUCGCCCUGAAAGAAAAUCAUGAUCGGCUAUAUAUGCUUCUUCAUCUUUUGAAAUAUGUAAUCAGCCUUGUUGUGUUGUUGUGUUCUCUUAAUAGGAGAAAACUAAUAUAUGCUAUCAGCCUAUCAGGCAUCCAUAAUUCACUCGUAUUGAUUUCUGCAGUGUUGAUCAUAGCAUAGCAGGACAAGAAAUUUAAUUUAAUUUCUGUAAACAAUUCUGUACAGUGAGAUUGUAUUCAGUCCAUUUUCAGAUUUAA